ACACACAUAGCAUAAGCUUACACACACACACACACACACACACACACACACAUAGCAUAAGCUUACACACACACACACACACACACACACACACACAGCAUGAGCUUACACACACACAGUCGGAGCUGCUAUAAUCAGAUCGAGCAGAACCCGAACAGAACCGCCGACACUAAACUAUGGACUGGAUAUUAUCUGCUGUUGGCAGUGAUUGUGGGAGCGGAGACCCUGGUCAUGUUCGCACUGCUCCACACGUUCAGCUGCGAUCUGCACACGACCCGGGACUCUCUGCACCAGGAGCUUUUUCCUGUCGAGUGUCUGUAUGAGGGCGUAAAUCCAGCAGAUCCGGCAGUGGUGAGCUGCAACCAACUGAUCCAGGAACUGCUGAACAGUGCUCAGAAGAGACUCUUGCUGGACGUCCACAACUCCCUGUGGAGCGAUUUAGAAGAACACAACGUUACGCAGAUAUUCAGACCUGCAAUACAGGUUGGUGCCAGGCCGGAGCUGAAUCAGUACCAGUACCUGCAGGGAACAGGUGAGUUCCAGGACGACCUGCUCACACUGGAGCGUCUGAACUGGGAAGCCCUGGGUGGACAGAGCAGCCAGGAGGGCCCGAUGCGCCUCAGUCCCGACGCAGAACUCAUGGUGCCGCAGAACGGCAUCUAUUUCGUUUACUCUCAGGUUCAGUUCGAAACUUCAGGACUGGGAUUUGACCCACAGUUCACGCACUGUCUGAUCAAGAGGAAAGUGUCACACCCAGAGCCGACGGUUCUCGCCAAAGCCGCCGCAGGUCCGCCUUUCGACUCAGGUUGGAGCCUGUUCUCCGGCCACCAGGGGGCGCUGUUUAAACUGGAGAGGGGCGAUAGGCUGUCACUCUUCGUGAGUAAUAUGGGCGUUGUGCGCUUCUUCCCAGAGACCACAUACUUUGGGGCAUUUAGGAUAGACUGAUACCUUCUUAUAAAUCUAGAACAACUUCAGCCACUCAUAAUGAACUUUAGCACCCGGAAAAAUCCAAAACCCGGCUACGAAUGGCAAUGAAAUUAAGCAGGAUUUUUCUAAAACCCACCUCAUGUGUGCAAAACAUACUUACCGUUUGAUUUGGUUCUCUCAAAGAUGCUAUAAAGCACUGCUAAACUAACAACACAGUGGUUGUCUCCUAAACACUGUUACUCACUUUUACCUCCUUUAUAUUAUUAUAUUAUUAUUAUAAUGCUACAACACACGUUGCCGCUUAAACCGAAGUAUAUUUUCGACCGCAGUCUUCUCAUUAUGUGACGGACCUUCAUAUUUAAUUGUCGUGUUAUUUAGUGACCAUCACGGGUUUUCCUGGCCGAGUCCCGAACCACACCGUGUUAGUGACCUUUUGCAGCGCACUAUUAAGACACUUUAGUUCUCACCAUGAUUAGACUUGCUUGGAACACACCUGAUACGACCAUUAUCUACAAAAAAAACCUCAUAAAAACUGGACCCUGUCAUCCAAAGCAGCAGUUGGUGUUUACCCGCUCCGGCAUCACAUGGAUGUGUGGUGUGUGUGUGUAUAUGCAUUCCAUUCAAAUAAUCCCUAAAGUUGUUUAAAGUAACACAUGAAACACCAAGACCGAGCCAGAAACUUCCCACGGAAUCCUGAAUUUAUUGUUAGUCGUAUAGAAAUGCAGAUUUGACAAAUUAAAGAACUAUGACUAUAUAAAAAAUACAUGAAGGUGAAGAAGGUGGGGGGAUGGGGUAUAUUUUAUACAAAUAAGAAAAAAAGAACCACAUUAAUUCAAAUAAACACAGGGACUAUACAAAACGUACGAACAAUAAACCCAAAAGAAAAAUCAAUCAAUCAACUUUAGAAACUUAGAACAAAUUCCAUGUUAAAAGAAUAAGGUGUACAGGACGAGCUACUAAAUCCAUGGUGUGGACUUAAAAAUAUCGUACAGAUGGUGAUCGCAUGUGUAAAAAACAGUUACAAUAAAAAAAAAAAAACACUCCAGUCGUGCAUCCCGCUCCGUUAGAAUCGGCGACGCUUGAAGUCCACCGGCGGGCCGGGGCGAGGGAACGGCAGAGGGAGACCGCCCGGGUUCGCUCCGGUUCCCUGUGCAUCAAACGGACAGAGGAAUAAAUUAAUCUACAGUUUAUCAUCAGCCAGUCUAAAACUAGAACCUAAUCGAUAUCAGGGUGAUCACACUGACUGACUGAGGUUCUGUAAACUUGCUGAUAUACAGUAGAUCAGAUGUUUUUAUUCAAAUAAAUAAACAUUUCACUUCUG